CUAUCUAAUGGAAUACUAACUAUGUUAAUUGAAUGCAUUUUUUGGCUUGCAGCUCGCGAGAAAUGGGAAAAUAUUGUCGAAAAAAUAUGACUUUUCCAUACAUAAUGGCCAUUUUCCCACAAAAAGACAAUUUUUUUUCUCUUUAAAAGAUAUAUUUAGAUAGAGCGAAAAAAAGUGUACUUAUCUAUAUCAUUUUUAGAGGUAGACACGAUAUUCAGACGAAGUGGUAUGGCUUCAGAAAGAGACAUCGAUAUCUUUUACCGCGAAUUUCUGCUCAUAAUCCGACUUCAAAAAAAUGUUUUGUGCAUUUAGAUUCUGUAAUUUUUAUACUAUUAGAUAGAGAAUAGUUGAUUACCUAUUUGAAAUAUGUUUUCAAAGAUUUGGAACGCGAAAUUAAGAGAAAACGGAUCCCAAAACCAUCGGAAACUUUGAAUUUUGGCCUAGGAUUGAAAUCAUAAAAAAUUUCGCGUUCUGACUUAUUAAAAAAUUUCAGACUAAAAUCCACACUCAUAUUUGUGAUCAGCACUAUUGACUCUAUAUUGUGACAUGUAUUUGACUAAAGAAAAAGAAAAUUUUUUUUCCAGGUGUGCCGUAGGGGGGUACAAGUGCAAAAAUUUUUGAUGUCGAACUAUGGUGAAAAACUAUGCCUAUGUUGUAGCCCAUGAACGACUUGUUAUGAUCAUGUAGUUUUUUUCUAAAAAUUUUUUGGGGAGAAAAAUGUCCUUAUCAUCCCAUGUCCUUUCUAUUAUAUAGAAAUUAUUUUAUUUGAGAAAUAAAUAAUUGAAAAUAGAUUAUUUAAAAUAAUUUAUAUGAAUUUAUUCCGAAAUAGAUUAGCAAAAUAAAAACUAGUCUUAGAAAUAAUUGAAUAUUAUUAUAAAUAGUUGAUUAUCUAUAUUCAACAAAUAAAAUAUUUAUCCUCUUUUUUUUAAACAAAUAAAAUAAAAUAAUUUCUAUAUAAUAGAAAUUUAUCGAACAAAUGUUGUUGUUGAUAAUAAAAUAAAGUGAUUGUUGAUAUUGAUAAAAAAAAAAAUGUUAAAAUAAUGAAAUAGAUAAAAAAUGUUGUUGUUAUUAUUUAGUAUGGAAUGGGUUCAUCAUUAUAUAUUGAUCGUUUAAAUAAUGGUGAAGAUUUGUUAAAUGGAUUUGUAUCAAAUGAUGAUCGAUCAAAUGAAAUGUUAAUGUAUGAUGGAAAUGGUCAAAUCGAUUGA